AUGCCCGAAACACUGCGUGUUCUAACUCUGAACUGUUGGGGAAUCCCCUACUUCAGCUCGGACAUCCCAGCUCGGUUUGAGGCUAUCGGGACGGAGUUGUGCACCGGAAGAUACGACGUCGUGUCCCUGCAAGAGGUUUGGAGUCAAGAUGUCUACGAGAAGAUGGUUUCUCAGGUACAAGACGUGCUGCCGUACCAUCACUACUUCUACAGGUACUGGGAUCUAUGCCACUUUUCUGUACUCCACAGUGGGUGGCACGGCAGCGGCGUCUGCAUUUUCUCCAAACACCCGAUAGUUGGCGCGUACCAGUACCGCUUCACGCUGAACGGCUUCCCGCACAAGCCUCACCAUCCGGACUGGUACGGGGGGAAACUGGCCGGGCUCUGCCAGAUACGGCACCCUGGGGCAGAGAUCAACGUAUACGCCACACAUACCCACACAGAGUACAACCACGAGAACGACAAGGACAAGGCACAUCGGGUGUCGCAGGCUUUCGAGCUCAGCCAGUUCAUCCGCUACACAGGCCAGUCUGCAGACGUGAACAUUUUAGCAGGAGAUUUGAACAACCAGCCGUUUGAGCUGGGACUGAAAAUUAUCCAGGCCAACUCUGGGAUGGAGGAUGCCUGGCUAACAGCCGAGCACAAGAACGCAGAUGACUCCGGUUUGACGUGGAAUCUCGACGACAAUGUUUACACCUGUUACCCUGACUACCCACCAUGCAGAUACGACUAUGUGCUUUAUAAGGGGUCUGCCAGGUGCAGGAUGAAGUGUGUUCACUGUGAGACCACCAUGCACAAGGUUCCUGGGAAACCCCAUAACUACUCCGACCAUGAAGGGGUGCUGGCUCACCUGGAACUGGAGAAGGUCUCAGGACAGAGGCAAGUCCAGUCUGCCGGUCCGGACCAGUCGGAGCGUGACGCCGCCCUCCGUCAUGCGGUCCAUGUCCUGGAGGAGAGGAUCAGCUCCUCAGCCUCCAGCCGCCUGUUCUACACGUCAAUCAUCCUCAUCAGUCUGCUCCUGAUGCUCCUCAGCAACUGGCUCCAUCUCCAUCACCUGCUGACGUCACUCACGCACCUGCUGCUCGGGCUCCUCAUUGGCUGGAGCUUCUGGAUGGGCGUGGUCGUCAUGGAGAUGGAGAGGAGGGGUUGCCUGGCAACCAAGGCUGGCAUGGAAGUCCUCCUCAAUGCAAGCCCGAAGAAAAAUGUAUAAGAUGCGAUGUGACCGCAAUAAUGGGG